GAGGAGAAAGUUUCGGCUAGUUACUUGCAAUUGAGUCCACAAGGCAGAGGAAAAAAGAAAUACUACCAAUGGAUUUCCAAGGAAUUAAACUAGUUUUAUUCGUAACUUUAUUUAUAAGCAAUGUAUUUAUUAGUCUACAGACAAAAGAAGAAGUCCUGCUGGAUAUGGAAUCUGCAGGGGGAGAGCUUGGCUGGCUGACCCAGCCCUAUGGAGAAGGGUGGGACCUACUCCAGCAAGUGAUGGACGGGACGAUGAUGUACGUGUACUCUGUCUGCAACAUCCAGGAAAGCGACCAGGACAACUGGUUGCGGACCAACUUCAUCCAGCGGCAGGAGGCCUUGCGCAUCUUCAUCGAGCUGCGGUUUAUUGUCCGGGACUGCAACAGCUUCUCUGGGGGCUCCACCUCCUGCAAGGAGACCUUCAACCUCUUCUACGCUGAGUCCGAUGAGGAUUACGGAACUAAUUUCCAGAAGAGACGCUUCAAGAAGAUCGCCACCAUCGCCCCCGACGAGAUCAGCGUCAAGGGGGAGGUCAGAAUCAACCAGGAGCUGCGCACGGUGGGGCCUCUCUCCAAGAAGGGCUUCUACCUGGCUUUCCAGGACAUCGGAGCAUGCGCUGCCCUGCUGUCCGUCAGAGUCUAUUACAAGAUGUGCCCAUCCUCGGUCAACAGCCUGGCCAGAUUCCCCGAGACGGUGGCCGGAAUGGAGUCGCAAUCUCUGGCUGAGGUCCAGGGGGUGUGCGUGGACAACGCUGUGAGUGACGAGACCCCCAAGAUGCACUGCAACACAGACGGGGAGUGGCUGGUGCCCAUUGGUCAGUGCCAGUGUCUGGCUGGGUUUGAAAUGCACGGCAACAGCUGCCAAGCUUGUAAACCAGGAUUCUUCAAGCCAGAUGUGUCGAAUGAUGCCUGUAUGACGUGCCCCUUGCACACUGUGCCCUCUGAAGAAGGUUCCACGUCUUGUGACUGUGAGGAAGGCUAUUUCAGAGCACCGGGCGACUCCGUCAGUCUUGACUGCACUGCUCCGCCCUCGGCUCCACGGAACAUUGUUUCCCAGGGAGCUGGAGCCAAGGUGCAGCUGACGUGGUCUCCCCCAGAAGAGACGGGCGGCCGCGAUGACAUCACCUACAGCGUGACGUGUGAGCGCUGUGCCUGGGAGAAGGAGGGUUGCCAGCCCUGUGACGUGAGGUAUGAGCCACAGGCCACCGGGCUAACGGAGUGCUCUGUCACUGUGUGGGACCUGGAGGCACAUGUGAACUACACUUUCCAAAUCGAGGCCCACAACGGGGUGUCCCAGCACAGCGCCAAGCAAGCUGUGGACUCCGUCGCGGUCAGCAUCAGCCGGACAGACCCCCCCAAAGUGACGUCAAUGAGUCUGGAACAGCGAAGCAAGACCAGCCUCACCCUUUCCUGGGCCGUGUCCCGUCGGCAGGUGACCCGCGUGGGCAGCUACGAGCUCACGUACCGCAAGAAGGUGGAUGAGAAGAGCUACACAGUCCUCCGCUGCGAGCGGAGUUCGGUGACGAUCCCUAACCUGGCUCCAGGCACCACCUAUGUUUUCCGGGUCCAGGCCUUGACGCCUGAAGGAAUGGGUACCUACAGCAUGGAGCACGAGUUUGAAACCUUGCACGAAGAGAAGCAGGAAGCUCAGAGUAAAACCGGCAUCAUUCUGGGAGCAGUAGUUGGUGGAAUUGCCAUGGUGGUGAUUGUGGGGGCUGUGCUGUUCGUGAGGAGAAGGAAACGGAGCCCACAUGCCCGCCAGGGACCUGAGGACACCUAUUUCUCCAGCACAGAACAACUGAAGCCCCUGAAGACCUACGUGGACCCUCAUACCUACGAGGACCCCAACCAGGCCGUUCUGAAGUUCGCCACAGAGAUCCACCCUGAGCAUGUCACCAAGCAGAAAGUCAUCGGAGCCGGUGAAUUUGGGGAAGUGUUCCGAGGGAUUCUCAAAGUCCCAGGGAAGAAGGAGAUUCCUGUGGCUGUCAAGCACCUGAAGGCCGGUUACACUGAGAAACAGCGCAGAGACUUCCUCAGCGAGGCCAGCAUCAUGGGCCAGUUCAGCCACCAGAACAUCAUCCGUCUGGAGGGAGUCGUCACCAAGUAUAAACACGUCAUGAUUAUAACAGAGUACAUGGAGAACGGAGCACUGGACAAGUAUCUGAGGGACCGUGAUGGGGAUAUCUCUGAGUAUCAGCUGGUGGGAAUGCUGCACGGCAUCGCGGCUGGGAUGAAGUACCUCUCGGACAUGAACUACGUGCACCGUGACCUGGCCGCCCGCAACAUCCUGGUCAACAGCAACCUGGAGUGCAAGGUGUCCGACUUCGGACUGUCACGAGUGCUGGAGGACGAGCCUGAGGGCACCUACACCACCAGCGGUGGAAAGAUCCCAAUCCGCUGGACAGCUCCAGAAGCCAUCACGUACAGGAAGUUCACCUCAGCCAGUGAUGUCUGGAGCUUUGGUAUCGUCAUGUGGGAGGUGAUGGCCUUCGGCGAGCGGCCCUACUGGGACAUGUCCAAUCACGAGGUGAUGAAGUCCAUCAACGAGGGGUUCCGGCUGCCUGCCCCCAUGGACUGCCCGUCGGCGGUGUACCAGCUCAUGAUCCAGUGCUGGCUGCAGGAUCGAUCCAAGCGCCCCCGCUUCCCUGACAUAGUCAGCAUCCUGGACAAGCUGCUCCGGAGCCCAGAGUCCCUCAAAGCCAUCGCAGACUUCGACCCUCGGGUGUCCAUCCGCCUUCCCAGCACCAGUGGCUGCGACGGCUCUCCCUUCCAGUCUGUCGCGGAGUGGCUAGAGUCCAUUAAGAUGAGCCAGUACUACGAGAACUUUGUGACAGCAGGGAUCACCACCAUGGAGCAGGUGGUGCAGAUAAGGAACGAGGAUAUCCGCAACAUUGGGGUUCACCUACCCGGCCACCUGAAACGAAUCGCCUACAGCAUCAUGGGACUCAAAGACCAGACCAGCACUAUGAGCGUGUUCGCUGUGUAGCUUCCAUUGCCUGGCAACACGAAACUGACCAAACCCUGCCAUGCCUGGCCACUUCAAACAUGGCCUGACAGAGACUAGACUGUUCUUUUCCAGACAGACGACUCCUCAGUCUACGGGACUCUUGCUGGCACUGCCUAGAGACAUGACAGAAAAGUAUAGAAGUUAUAUAUCUAUGUUUUGAAGUUGAUUCUCUUAUUGUUGUUACACAGCUUUCAGUAUAUUUUGUAGAUCAUUUCUAGGCUUAUAAUGUUAAAAUGUUUAUUUUAAUUCAUUCCGUUUCCUUGAGUGCUGGUGUGAGAGACCCCUUGGACAUUGUGACAAAUUGAAAGGGGUCUCUGGUUUCGACCUUGCUUAGCUUCAUGUAGUUUUAACGAGGCUUGCCUGCUGGGAAGAGGCAACGUCUGCUGAAGCUACAUUUGAACAUCCUUCACACAGAAUGCGAGAGCAGUGGCUUGUGGGAAGUGCUUUUCUCCCAGGAAACAGCGGAAUGAACUCCAUGUGGGUUGGGCUUGUGCAUUUCCUCGGAUCAAAUCGGACACAUUCCUUCCCUGCAGGUUUAUGUGCAAAAUGAAAGAGGUGAUCAUCGCAGCCUCUUUCCUGAUGGCUGUCUUCUAAAGUUUCAGUUGCGAAAUCUGAAGUGAAUGCGCUGGAAUAGCCCUGUGCGGUGCCCAAAAACAAGAUGAAGCUUUCAGAAAAAAGGGACCACCCAAGCACUUGCUGCAUGACAAUCUGUCACUGCUGUUGGGUAGAAUUUGCAAGAUGAGUGAUGCUUGUAAGAGUAUGUGGGCAUCGUAGGGGCUCUGCAAGGUCUUGAAAGUGAUCUAGAUAUUUUUCAAAAGCUGUAGCCACCCUAAACGUAUAGGUUGACUUAGGAAUACUCUGUGAGUUUAAUUGCCAUUCUCCAUGUGGAGGAAUACUUGAGUUUUAUAGAGAGAUCUAAGGAGGAGGGGAACUCCCAGUUGAAAGAAAAUUUACAUGAUCAUUACUUAAGCAGAGGUCACAAAAUAAAAAACAGUAGAUGGUUUAGGAGGAUUGAAUCAACAUGUGCCUUUCAGAGGAUACCAAAGCUACGUAUUGAUAAUGCUGCGGUUAGUGCAGUUUUGUAGCUGUGCUGAUUUUUUAACUGUAUUUAAAUAUUUUUAUCCAGGAUAGGUUAGCAGGCUCAGUUGAUGAUAAAUCUGGUAUAUAACUUGAAUAAAAAUGAAACACUUCUCUACAUUAUUUUGGUCGUUGCACAAACAAAAAAAAAAACAUGAUUUCUUAAAAAGACUGUAGUAUUGGAUAAAGAAAUUUAAAUUAUUAUUUUUUUUGUUCUAAUUCCUGGAUCAUUCUUGAUUUUUGUACAUAUCAUUUUACAACCCCACCUUUUUGUAUUUAGACUGUACAGUUGUAUUUAAGAGCAACACUACUGUUUGAAAUGCUGGUGUCUUUCUGGUCUUGGAUUUCCAAUUGGGUUUCACAUGUAUUUAUUCUGCCUGUAAAUCCUACCAGGCUCCAGUUACUCUUGUGUUUCUGCUUGAUGAAGAUGAUUUUUUUUAAAUGUAUUAUUUAUUUGUAUUUUUUUAUUUAUUACUGAAGUUGAAAUGAAACACAGCAGACCUGUUUAUAUUCUGCUGGUUACAAUAAAAUCAACUUAUAGCC